AUGUCACCUUCCACCGCGAGAGGCAAUCACUUUCUCUCUCGCGGUCAAAACCAGACUAUGUCAUCGCUUUCUUAUGAAGUGGCUCUCUUCGGAGAGUUCUUCUCGCAGGACCUCAAGGCCAUUCUCAAUCGCAUCACGCUCCAUAGUGAAUCGUCACAAUCGUUCCAUAGCCAGGAAAUCGUAUUCGAACCGAUAGAUGUGCAGCAGCAGCGAGACAGCGGUGUCGAGCCCGUCCUUCUCCGUGCAAAGAAGGAGCUUUCGGAGCCUAAGGCUUCUUGGGAAUUGUUUUCAUUUCUCAAGCCGGAGUCUGUCAGGGUGCACCCUGAAGCUACAGUCCGGCCUUGGGCAACUUGCCAGGUGAUUGGAGAUGCUUUGAGUUUUGCAGCAGCGCUGGGUUAUGCGUGGGCGGUCUUCCCUGUCGAUUCUCUGCAGUCGUGA